AUGUCGUCCACCAGCAACGCCUCCAUUGACAAGUUCAACGGAGACAAUUACGCAACGUGGAGCCGGUACAUGCGCGGUGUGUUUUUGACGAAGUCCGUCUGGCACGUCGUCAACCGUGAAGUGACUCCGACUUUCACCGACCCGCGAGCGUCCGAUGACUACGUCAAGGCAAGCAACGUCGCGUUUGGUAUGAUGCUGCUGCACAUGAACGCGGACUACCAUCAAGUGCUGGACAACUGCGAGGAAGCCUGGGUUGCGUGGACAAGUCUGAAGACGCUGUACGGUGGGUCGCAGAAGGCAGGACGCAUCUACCUCAAGCGACAACUUUUCAGUAUCAAGAUGGCUGAAGGCGCGAACGUCAUGCAUCACUGCAACGAGGUCCUCAACAUCUCCGCCAAGCUUAGCGGCAUCGGUGCGAAGAUGGAAGACGAAGACGUUGCAAUUUGUCUGCUACUCAGUCUUCCGAAGAGCUACGAAAAUGUGGUGCUCAACAUGGAAAUGAGCAGCACCGAGCUUCGCACUCAAGAUGUGGUGAGAGUCCUGACGAAUGAGCAUGCCAAGCGUCAAGGAGAAAAAGGGACAACGACAGCGACUACGGUGAAGGCUGAAGAUGCAAGCAAGGCAUUCAGCGCCGAGCGUGAGCCCUACCAAUGCACGUAUUGUGGCAAGGUGGGACACACGGUGGAUCGUUGCUGGACAAAGCAGAAGAACGAAGGUCGGGGAGCCCGACGCGGCGGCAAUGGUCGUGGACGCGGGGCUAACAAUGUCCAGUGGGGACAUCAUGAUGAAGACAAUGGCUACGAUCGAGUGGCGUUUGCAGUCUCGUUCGAAUGUGGAGUUUCGACGAGCAAGGACGUGUCUGGAAUGUGGGCCGUCGACAGUGGUGCAACGCACCACAUUUGCCACGACAAGACCAAGUUCGCAAAUUUGGCAGAGCGCAAUGAGGGCGAACUCUUGGUGGCUGAUGGCAACAAGGUGGCCAUCAAGGGUGUGGGAACCAUCAUGGAAAAGGUGGUUCUGCCCAACGGUGAAGAGCGUGAGAUCGAAAUCAAGAACGCGCUAUAUGUUCCAAGUAUGAGCAAGAACCUGCUCUCGGUGCCACAGAUUAACAGCCAUGGCAACUUUCAAGUCGUGUUUGACGGGUCCAAGAUGUAUGUGACUCUCAAGAACUCACAGCAAGUGGUGGCGACAGCGGAUCUCGUGGAUGGACUCUACUGGCUUCGGACGACUCAACGAUCAGCGAAUGUGACAACAAGUGGAACCAGUGGUGCCGAUCUACAUGCGAGAAUGGGUCAUGCUCCAGUCGAUGUACUUCGCAAGAUGAUCACGACCAACAUGAUCAAGGAUGUGCGAGUCCCUCUCAAGUCGGGUGGAGCAACUGCAUGUCGAGGAUGUCAACAAGGGAAAAUGGUCCAAAAACCAUUUCCAAGCAACCGAGACAAGCGCAGCUACGAUACGUUUGAGCUACUUCAUCUGGACAUCUGCGGGCCCAUGGAAAAGGAUUCGCUCGGUGGCAGCAAAUAUUUGCUGCUGAUCAUCGACGAAGCCAGUGGAUGCAUGAAGGGCUUUUGUCUACGAGUGAAGUCCGAGAGUGAAGACUACAUCCGGAAAUAUAUCACCAUGGUACAGACGCAAUUCUGUAAGAAAGUCAAGUUCGUGCGUCACGAUGGAGCUCGAGAGUUUGCAACCAACUCUCUCAAGGCGUUCUACCAAGACCAAGGUAUUGAGCAGCAGACCACGGUCCCCAUGCUACAUCAUGCCAAGCUGAACAAGUGUUUCUGGGCCGAAGCAGCGAUGACGGCCAUCUACGUCAAGAAUCGACUGCCGUCACCUAAAGUCGUGCACAAGACCCCGUUUGAGAUCGUCUACAACUUGAAACCAAGCGUCAAGCACAUGCGAACAUUCGGGUGUCAGACAUACAUACUGACGCCUAAAGAGAAUCGACUCAAGUGGGAUCCAAAGGCUCGCGCUGGCAUAUUCGUGGGCUACGAAGAAGUUUCGAAGGCAUAUCGUGUUUAUGACAUCGAGGCGGGGCAGGUGGUUAUCAGCCGCGAUGUCAACUUCGACGAGUCCACCUUUGGACUUCAACUGCCGAUCACUGAUGAAGAUGUCGAUGACCUGGAAUUCGAAUUGCUGGAUCUUGGUGACGAAGAGCUGCGUCAAAUGGAGUACAAGCAAACAGGCAAGCGCAAGAACCGACUCAAUGAUGAAGAUACAGCAGCUCCACGACCGCGUGCAGUGCGUCAACGACCAGGACUAGAAGAGUCAAGCGCGCCGGAAAACAACUCGUCACGACAAGAAGAAGACGAAGAAACGAAGGAUUCUGGUGAUUCAACACCGCCUGUGUUUUGGCGUGCGAGUGCAAAUGCCGUUGAAGCAGCAGUGGACUUAUCAGAGCCCUCAAUAUUUGAAGCAGCAGUAAGCGGCCCUGACCAAGUGCACUGGAGAAAAGCAAUUCAUGCAGAGCUCGAGUCAAUGCGACUUCGCGGUGUGUUUCGUGCAGCCAAGCUGCCCAACGGACAACGCGCCAUUGGCACAAAAUGGGUGUUCAAGAUCAAGCGCAAGGCGGAUGGGUCAAUCGAGAAGUACAAGGCACGACUUGUGGCCAAGGGUUUCCGCCAAAAGUAUGGAAUCGACUACACGGAGACGUUUUCGCCUGUGGUCAAGUAUGUGACGCUGCGAAUGGUGAUCGCAAUUUCCAAGCAUUUUGGAUGGCCCAUCGACCAGCUUGAUGUGGUGACAGCUUUCCUGUAUGGCGUCAUGAAGGAGAAGGUGUUCUGCGUGAUUCCUGAAGGCGUCGAACUUGACAUGUCAGGCUUCGACCCAUGUCUCUACAUCAAGACUUCGGACGGCCAUUGCGUGUUUAUACUGGUCUAUGUGGAUGACGUGUUGGUGACAGGAAGCUCACCCAAGUUGAUUGCACACACCAAGGAAGACCUGAAGACACGCUUCGAGAUGACUGAUAGCGGCAAGUGUGCAUUUGUUCUUGGAAUUGAGCUUUUGAAUGGAGAAGAUGGAAGCGUUACAUUGUGUCAGCGCCGUUAUGUCGAUGAUAUCCUCAAGCGCUUUGGCAUGGAUGAUUGCAAGGCAGUCGCAAGUCCAGUCGACAUGAGCUCUCGACUUGUUUCAAGUGAUGCAACUACCAAGGUCGAUGCUCCUUUUCGCGAAGCUGUUGGUGCGUUGAUGCACCUGACCACUGCAACGCGUCCGGACAUUGCGUUUGCUGUAGGCUAUGUGUCGCGGUUCAUGGAAAAUCCCCAAGAAGAACACUGGGUUGCAGUUGAGCGUAUCUUUCGCUACCUAAAAGGCACCAAGACGCAUGGAAUUUGCUACAAGCCAAGUGCAAGGAUCGACUUCCGUGGAUAUUCGGAUGCGGAUUGGGCUGGUGAUCUUACCGACCGCAAGUCAACAUCGGGGUACACGUUCACGCUACUCGGUGCGCCAGUCAGUUGGGGCAGCAAGAAGCAGCCAAGUGUUUCGUUGUCCACGAGUGAAGCCGAAUACAUCGCACUCAGCUUGGCGAUUCAAGAGGGCAAGUGGAUUCAUCGUCUGCUUUGUGAGAUCGUGAUGGCUGCCAAUGAAGAAGGACCGGAACUCAUGAUUCAUGAAGACAAUCAGUCAUUUAUCAAGAUGACGAAGAACCCAGUCAACCACGGCCGUGCCAAGCACAUUGAUAUCAAGUACCAUCACAUCCGUGAUGAGGUCAAGCGCGGUGAAGUGAAGCUCAAGUACUGUGAAACUGCGGUGAUGUUAGCGGACAUCAUGACGAAGGGACUUCACGGGCCACGCCACAAGGAGAUGACGACGGCUCUCGGGAUUCGUGAGCAUUCGGAUUGA